GGUUUUAGUUGUUCCACUCACCCCUAGCAGGGAGAGUCGAACUAGAGUCUUUUUGUAUAAGCUCAUCGGAGGACCGCAGCAAACUGUGUUUUUAUGAUGAAAAUAAAUGUUAAAUAAGUUUAAAUGCCCAGGCUGGUCGGUCUCACGCAAGUAGGAGUACUAUUUUCCAUUUUCCAAAUCCACACAUAGGGCAUUCGCACCCAAAUAUGGCGGGAAAAAGAAGAGGGAGAUGAUUCAGCCAAGGUAGAGAUUGAAGGCCGUGGUCGAAGCAUUUCAGGAUAGGGCUAUGGAGAAGAUGGGAAGAUUGAACACCACAGAAAGUGAAGAUGAGGAGAAGCAGAAUAAUGGAAUUUCACUUAAAGAGGAUGAGGACACUAAGCAAAGAAGAGGGAGGUGGUUUAAUCAAGGCAUGACGGAUGGCCAAGGAAAAUUCCUAAAGCCAUCUCAAACAAAUACCAGAGUUGGACUGAAAAGGGAUGAAAAGGGAUUUCUGCAAUCAAAUAUGUGUCACCAGUGUCAGAGAAAUGACAAAGGAGAGGUUGUCCGGUGCACUAAAUGUAAGACGAAGCGGUAUUGUCAUCCAUGUAUGGCGACCUGGUACCCUGGCGUGUCAGCAGACGCUUUUGCAGAGGCUUGUCCUGUUUGUCAACUAAACUGCAAUUGCAUAUCGUGUUUACGAAUGGAAGCUCCUGUGGAAACUGCUAUGAAGAUUAAGGAGAAGUCCAGCUUCACAAUGAGCAGAGACCAGAAGAUUCAGCACUCCAAGUACAUGAUAAAACUUCUCCUGCCAUGUAUUGAACAGAUUAACAAAGAACAAGUGAUAGAGAGGGAACUCGAGGCUAAGAUUCAAGGAGUAUUGGUUUUAGACACUAAAAUCAUUGAAGCAUCAAUGGAUGCAGAUGAGAGCAUUUAUUGUAACAACUGUCGGACUUCUGUUGUUGACUACCACAGAAGCUGUCCUCGGUGUGGCUAUGACCUUUGCCUUAACUGCUGUCGAGAACUUAGGGAUGGGCACUUGCAGGGAGGUGAAAAAGGACCAUCUUUUAGAUAUGUCAAUUAUGGGUAUGAUUAUCUGCAUGGUGGCAAGAAAAAUUCAAACAAUGUUGGCAAUCAGUCUUUGACGAUGGAAGAUAAGUUGGAGGAUAACUUGUACUCUCCAUCACAAUGGAAAUCGAAGGGAAAUGGUGUCAUAUCGUGCCCCCCUGAAACCAAGGGAGGUUGUGGUGAAGAACUUUUGGAAUUGAAAUGCUUGUUCCCAGAUGAAUAUGUUUCAAAAUUGCUUGUGGAAGCGAAAGAAAUACUUGAUGCAGACAAAAUUGAAUCUGUGGCCGAAUGUCUUGAGAAAAGUUGUUCCUGUUCCAAAUUAUUGGAUGGAGAUGAAGCCAUGAUGAGCCCGAAGAUACGGAAAGCGGCCUCUCGAGAAGAAUCUAGUGACAAUGCUUUAUACUGUCCAUCAGCUGUAGACAUUGAGCAUGGGAAUCUAAAACAUUUCCAGUGGCAUUGGUCAAAGGGUGAGCCAGUAAUAGUAAGUAAUGUGCUUGAAACUACCCUUGGCUUGAGUUGGGAACCUAUGGUUUUGUGGCGUGCCUUCCGACAGAUUAAAAACCUUAAACGUGGUACAUACCUCAAUGUGACUGCUAUUAAUUGCCUCGAUUGGCGUGAGGUGGAUGUGAAUGCUCACCAAUUUUUCAAAGGGUAUUCAAAUGCGUAUUCUAUUGCACAAUUUGACAGAAAUGGGUGGCCUCAAAUACUAAAAUUGAAAGACUGCCCUCCAUCCACUUCAUUUGAGCAGCUGGUUCCUCGCCAUGGCUUUGAGUUUAUCAGCUGCUUGCCGUUUAAAGUGUAUACACACCCUCAAGAUGGACACUUAAAUCUUGUAACUAAGCUUCCUCCAGGGUCUAUAAAACCUGAUAUGGGGCCAAAAACCUAUAUAGCUUAUGGAUUUAACGAAGAGCUGGGGCGUGGAGAUUCUGUAACAAAGCUUCACUACAAUAUGUCUGAUGUGGUUAAUGUCUUGACACAUGUGAAAGGAGUUACGGUUGACCCUUCGGACCUUCAGAGAAUUAAAAAAGUCAAAUUAAAGCAUGCUGCCCAAGAUCAAAUUGAGAUUUCUGGAGUUGUUCAGAUGGAUAUUGGGGAACAAGUGAAAGCCUCAAAAGAGUCUGAUCUUUCCAAUAUGAAUAUGGCUGACUUCGAUGAUGCGGAGAGUGGAGCUCUUUGGGACAUUUUUAGGCAACAAGACGUUCCUAAGUUAGAGGAGUAUCUCAAAAGGCACUUCAACGAGUUCAGGCAUAUCUAUGGUAAUCUGCUUCCGGAGGUUAUCCAUCCAAUUCAUGACCAAACCAUUUACUUGACUUUGGAGCACAAAAAACGACUUAAGGAGGAAUAUGGAAUUGAACCAUGGACAUUUGUUCAGAGGUUAGGCGAUGCAGUCAUUAUACCAGCAGGCUGCCCUCAUCAAGUUCGAAAUUUGAAGAACUGCACUAAAGUCGCACUUCAUUUUGUAUCACCUGAAAAUAUUCUUUCGUGCUUCCAACUGACUGAAGAGUUUCGUCUGCUGCCCUUGAAUCAUAGGGCUAAGGAAGACAAGCUUGAGGUGAGGAAAAUGUCGAUUCAUGCAAUGAGGAGAGCUGUGAAUGAUGCAAAGGGGGUCGAGCCAUCACAGCCCAGAAAGGGAGUCAAGUUGGGUAAACGUUGGUGUCCCAAACAAAAGUGGAAAUUGAGCUCUCGGAAAGUGAAUUUAAGGUGCCAUUGAUAAGGAGAGAGCUAGCUGCCCGAGAAAAGGAAGUGAAAAUGGGGGAUAAGAAGGUUGAAGAAACUGAUGGAGAAGUUGAACUUCAUGAGUUCUUAAGGGUUCUUCUUCUCUGUCUUCUCUCCAUAAUUUGCAGGACGCAUACCAUUUUCCUCCAUGGUCUAUGCUAAUGAAGAUGAUAUACGAAGUGACGUUGUUUAGAAUUAGGUGUUGUUUUUUUUUUCAACAUUCACGUAUACAAGCUAUGCUGGAUAUCUGGCAGUCCACGUCAAUUUCCGAGAGCCCAAAAAUUUUAAUAGGACACAAAAAAAUAUUUUUUUGGUAGGUUGGGUAUCAUUUUGGUAUUAUCGUUAAGUUGGGAUAUUUUUGAGAAUUCGCUAAAAC